AUGUGGAUACAAGUUCGAAGUAUGGAUGGUCGUAAAUGCGUCCGUGUGGAUGGGUUAAGCAAGCUGACGAAAAUUGAAGAUUUAAGGGAAAAACUUGUGGAGUUAUUUGAAGCAGAACCUUCUCAGCAAAGACUGUUUUUUUACAGAGGAAAGCAGUUGGCAGAUGCAUCUCUUUUUGAUUAUGAUGUCGGACUUAAUGACAUCAUCCCAAAUUUUUGUCAGACCAAAAGUUUUUUAUCAGAACAAAAUGGACACUCAGAACAAAAUGGAAUAAAAGGACUUGCCUUAUCCAAUGGACACACUGAAGCCAAUGGACAUACUGAAACCAAUGGACAUACUGAAACCAAUGGACAUACUGAAGUUAAUGGACACACUGAAGUUAAUGGAUGUGUCAAGACAGUUAAUGGAGAGUCUGUGACCACACCUACUUCUAAUGGUAGUAUAGAGGAAACCAUGGAAACGAUUGGGGAAAAAGUGGAUGCCAAGGAUUUACGAAUGGGGGCUUGGUUUGAAGCUCAGGUUGUUAGAGUUACUAAGGACAGUGAGUCUUCUAGUAGUGGAGAUGACUUCAAAUAUCAUGUGAAAUAUGAUGACUAUGAAGAUGAUGAUCCUGUUAUGUUAUCACAUGUGGGUCUUCGCCCACGUGCUCGUUAUCGUAUGCAAUGGGACCAACUAGCUAUUGGACAGACAGUAAUGGUCAUUAAUCCUGAUCACCCACGGCUACGAGGAUAUUGGUAUGACGGUACAAUCACUCGUAAAAAAAUAUAUUGCAAGUUAUUACUAGGUUCUUCUGAUUGUGAGGCCUCCCAAGAGUGUCAGAUCAAGUUUGUGGAUGAAAUAUUUCGUAUCGAGAAGAAAGAGUCUGGUGAUGAAUCCACUGGAGAGGGUGUGGAAAGAACAAAGAAACCAGACUGUGAUUAUUGCAAAGACAUUGUUUCUCGUCGUUGUAAACAUUGUGCUUGUUCAGUGUGUGGUGGUGGUAAAGAUCAACCUGAUAAACAAUUAUUGUGUGAUGAAUGUGAUAACGCCUUUCAUUUGUGGUGUCUCGACCCGCCUUUGGAAUCUAUACCAGAAUCUGAUGAAUGGUAUUGUUCGGAAUGUAAAACCGAUACUUCUGAAGUUAUUGGAGCUGGUGAAAUGAGACUUACCAAAAAGAAAGCUAAUAUGGUAUCUAAAAGAAAUGAAACAGGAAAUGGACGUGACUGGGGCAAAGGUAUGGCCUGUGUUGGACGAACUAAAGUUUGUACAAUAGUUCCCUCAAAUCAUUUUGGACCUAUCCCUGGAGUUCAUGUGGGUACAUUAUGGAAAUUUAGAGUACAGUAAGCUGAGUCCGGUAUUCAUCGACCACAUGUUGCUGGGAUUCAUGGAAGAGAGAACGAAGGAGCUUACUCAAUAGUGUUAUCAGGUGGCUACGAAGAUGAUGAGGAUAAUGGUGAGGAGUUUGUUUAUAGUGGAAGUGGUGGGCGUGACUUAUCGGGUAACAAGAGGACGGCAAAACAGUCUAUGGAUCAGAAACUAACUGCAAUGAACAGAGCACUAGCUAAGAACUGCAACACUUCUAUUGACGAUAAAGAUGGUGCUCAAGCUAAAGAUUGGCGUAAAGGAAAACCAGUUAGAGUGAUUCGUAAUCACAAAGGACGCAAAACUUCUCGCUAUUGUCCCAAAGAAGGCAACAGAUAUGAUGGAAUAUAUAAGGUUGUUAAAUAUUGGCCUCAAAGAAAUGAAGAUAAUUUAUUAGUGUGGAAGUAUUUAUUGAAACGAGAUGAUCCAUCUCCUGCUCCGUGGACUUCUGAAGGAAAGAAGUUGUCAAAGAAACUUGGAUUGACAAUGCAAUAUCCAGAUGGCUAUUUAGAGACACAAAAAGCUAACAGUACUACUUCACAAGAACGAUUGUCAGAAGAAGAUAAAGAAACACCAAAAAGAAAGGAAAGAAGAGAAAGAGUGAAGGUGAGAGACCACAGCCCCUCUAAUAGUAAUAAAAUUAAACAACCUCGUUAUGAAUUAACUCAUGUACAAAAGGAUCUUAUAAAAUCUGAUAGUGUUAAUACUAAAAUAUGGCAAGAGCUCAUGGAAUAUGCUGAAUCAACAGGCUCUGCUGGACUGUUAGAGAAGAUACAAGAAGCAUUUUCAUGUAUAGUAUGUCAAGAAGUUGUCUUCAAACCAGUAUCUACUCCAUGUGGUCAUAACAUAUGCAAGUCAUGUCUACAACGCUCGUUCAAAGCGGAUGUAUAUACUUGUCCCAACUGUCGACAUCAACUUGGAAAGGAUUAUUCUUUGAAUGUCAAUCAGUCAUUGCAAUCUGCUUUGCUGGAGUUGUUUCCUGGUUAUGAUGGGGGUCGAUAA